AUGCUUCAUGAAAAUGAAAUCUCCGGGGGAAUACCAAGGCACAUAGGCAACAUGAGUAGUCUUUUGACCCUCAACUUGUCAGUCAAUCACUUGGUUGUUCAAAUCCCCUUUGAAAUAGGCUACCUAACGCACUUGGUUACAUUAGAUUUUUCUUAUAAUAAUCUUUCCUGCUCAAUCCCAAGCAAUAUAGGUGACUUGACAAAACUUGCUACCUUGUACCUUGACGCCAACCAACUCUUUGGACACAUCCCUCGAGAACUUGGUCAUUUGGUCAAUUUAAAGGACUUGGGCCUUAGCCGAAACAAGCUGAUAGGUUCCAUCCCAAAUAACUGGAGAAAUUUAACAAAACUCACUGCCUUGUAUUUUGGACAGAACCAAAUUUCUGGCCAAAUUCCACAAGAUCUAGGUUAUCAAGUGAAUUUAGAGGUCUUGGAUCUUUGUGAAAACACAUUCUCAGGUUUCAUUCCAAUAAAUUUGUUUAAUUCGACCAAGCUCACUAUCAUAUAUCUAUGGGGCAACAGACUCUCUGGCCAAAUUCCGCGAGAAUUAGGUCAGCUAGUUAACUUGGAGGAAUUAGAACUUAAUACAAACAGACUCUCAGGUUCUAUCCCAAUCACCAUAGGGAAUUUGACCAAACUCACCAGAUUGUUCCUUUUUCAGAACCAACUUCCGGGACAAAUUCCACAGGUGCUAGGUUAUAUGAUGAGCUUAAAAGAAUUGGAUCUAUAUGAAAACACACUCUCAGGGCACAUUCCAAGAAAUUUAUGUAAUUUGACCAAGCUCACUAUCUUACUUCUUUGGGGCAACAGAUUUUCUGGUCACAUUCCACUAGAAUUAGGUUACCUUGUGAACUUAGAAAACUUGGAUCUUACUUUAAACACACUCUCAGGUUCUAUCCCAAUCACCAUAGGCAAUCUGACAAAAACUCAAUACAUUAAGCCUUUAUCACAACAAACUUUCGGGGAAAAUUCCAUGAGAAUUGGGUUACCUUGUGAACUUAGAAAAUUUGUAUCUUAA